AUGGCCAGCAUCGAAACCAUCAAUGAGGGCGUCCUCAUCAACGGUCCCAUCAAGGACUCGUAUCGCAAGAUCCUGACCCCCGAGGCCACGGCCUUCCUCGCCCUCCUACACCGAACCUUCAAUGGCACCCGCAAAGCCCUCCUUCAAAGACGAGUGAUCCGGCAACAAGAGCUGGACAAGGGCAACCUGCCAGACUUCCUCCCCGAAACCAAGCACAUCCGUGAGGAUGAUACGUGGAAAGGCGCCCCGCCAGCUCCUGGUCUCGUUGACCGACGAGUGGAAAUCACCGGACCAACGGAUCGGAAGAUGGUUGUCAAUGCUUUGAACAGCAAUGUUUGGACAUACAUGGCCGAUUUUGAAGAUGCACAAGCCCCAACCUGGGACAACCAGGUUUCCGGACAAGUGAACCUGUACGACGCUAUUCGACGCCAGAUUGAUUUCAAGCAAGGAGAGAAAGAGUACAAGCUGCGAACCGACCGUGUGCUCCCCACACUGAUUGCCCGGCCACGAGGCUGGCAUCUGGAGGAGAAGCAUUUCACCGUGGACGGAGAGCCCAUCUCUGGUUCCCUGUUCGACUUUGGCCUGUACUUCUUCCACAAUGCCCGUGAGCUUGUCAAGCGAGGGACUGGGCCAUACUUCUACCUCCCCAAGAUGGAGUCUCACCUCGAGGCGAGACUGUGGAACGACGUGUUCAACCUGUCUCAAGACUACAUCGGUAUCCCCCGUGGAACCAUCCGAGGCACAGUGCUGAUCGAGACCAUCACGGCCGCCUUCGAGAUGGACGAGAUCAUCUUUGAGCUCCGCGACCAUUCGGCCGGCCUCAACUGCGGUCGCUGGGACUACAUUUUCUCCGUGAUCAAGAAAUUCCGCCAGAACCCCAACUUUGUGCUUCCGGAUCGAUCCGCCGUCACCAUGACCUCGCCGUUCAUGGAUGCGUACGUCCGCCUGCUCAUCAAGACCUGCCAUCGUCGUGGCGUGCACGCCAUGGGUGGUAUGGCCGCCCAGAUCCCCAUCAAGGACAACCCAGAGGCCAACGAGAAGGCCAUGGAGAACGUCCGACAAGAUAAACUCCGCGAAGUCCGAGCCGGCCACGACGGCACAUGGGUCGCCCAUCCGGCUCUGGCCUCGAUUGCUUCGGACGUGUUCAACAAGCACAUGCCGACUCCCAACCAACUCUUCAAGCGUCGCGAGGAUGUCUCGGUCACCAAGAAUGACCUGCUCAAUAUGAACGUGCCCGGCAGCAUCACCGAGGAGGGCAUCCGGAAGAACCUCAACAUUGGCCUGGGUUAUAUGGAAGGCUGGCUCCGUGGUGUGGGAUGCGUGCCCAUCAACUAUCUGAUGGAGGACGCUGCCACCGCUGAAGUGUCCCGAUCCCAACUCUGGCAAUGGGUCCGACAUGGCGUCAAGACCGCCGAGGGCAAGACCGUCGACAAGGAAUAUGCUCUCAAGCUGCUGAGAGAACAGGCCGAGGAAUUGGCCUCCAAGGCGCCCAAGGGUAACAAGUAUGCCACUGCCGCCCGCUACUUUGAGGGCCAGGUGACUGGCGAAGACUAUGCCGAUUUCCUGACCAGCCUUUUGUACAACGAAAUUACGACCGUGGGAUCUUCUCAGCCCGUGGCUAAAUUGUAA